GUCUGUGCGCCUUCAGCACCACUUCGCUGUCCACCGUCCCGAAGAGAGCACGCUGACGCAACCAACGACGCACCACGCUGAGCAACAAGUUUGCAACUAUGCCGAGGUCUUUUCUUGUGGAUUCCUUGAUUUUAAGGGAGACGAACGACAAGGGAAAUGAGAGUAGCACACCCUUGUUCCCGUACGCUGUGCAUUCGCCGCACCACCCGCACGGGCUGCCGGGCUCAUGCCACUCCAGGAAAGCCGGGUUACUGUGCUUCUGUCCGCUGUGCAUGGCAGCUUCCCAGCUCCACCCGUCACCGCCGACACUGCCACUUCUCAAAGCAACUUUUCCUCCCUUCACUUCACAGUACUGCCACUCCACUCUCUCAAGGCAACACUCUUCAUCCAACAGCGUCAACCUCAGUCACGGACCUGGGAUAUACCAAGCUGCGUACUCAGUUUCAGACCCGCGGCAGUUCCACUGCAUCUCCAUCGACAACAGCAACGGUAAACUUCAGAGCAGCAAGCGCAUGCGCACCGCCUUCACCAGCACACAACUUUUGGAGCUGGAGCGAGAGUUCACCUCCAACAUGUACCUCUCUAGACUGAGGCGCAUCGAGAUAGCCACGUACCUGAACUUGUCUGAGAAGCAGGUGAAAAUCUGGUUCCAGAACCGCAGAGUGAAACACAAAAAAGAGGGAAAGAGCAGCGGCCAAAGGACUGGAUCCCAUAACUGCAAAUGCUCGUCUCUGUCAGCCACGAGAUGCUCGGAAGAAGAGGACGAUGAUAUUCCCAUAUCUCCCUCCUCGUCCGAAAAGGAGGAUGUGGACCUGUCCGUUUCCCCAUGAACUCCCCUCUGAACUGUUCUCUGAAACAUUGUGCUUGCAAUACAGCCAAGAAAGAAAGAAAGACUGUUUCACUCAUUUUCAGUCGAUUGUACAUAUACAGAUAAUAUUUAACCAGGGUUCUGCCCUCCCUGAAUAAUUGUAUAGAUGUAUACAUGUUGUACGUUUUGUAUGUAGUUUUUUUCUGAAAACAGUCAAUUGUUGUUGCCAAUCAAAUGCAUAUGGUAGGCAUAUUUGUAAAGACAAAACCAAAAAACAAUAGCAACAUUGUUUAUUAGUAUUUUGGGGAAGACAGCAUUUUGUACCACAUUUAGUGAGUACUGGUUAGAUACAUGCUUUGUGGUUGGAGUUGCCUUAAAAUACGGCAAAAUGAGAGAAAAUUCCACCACUGUCACGUGACUGAGACCGCUCUGAAAUUAUAUCUUGGGUGUAAUUGAAAAGUAUUUAUUUAUUUAAAAAUGUUGAUACUUAAA